AUGUACCACACUAAUGGGAAAACCAGUGAGGUGUGGGACAAACUGGGUGUGGGGCACAUGGCAAUGCUCUACUAUCUUCAUAACUUCUCUGAGCCCCAGAACUUUCUACUUUUUGACGUGAUGACACAUCCCCUCACCAACCACAAUAUCAAGCAGUGCCUCAUCAAGAAGGUACAGGAAGCUGUUCUUGACAAAUGGGUGAAUGACCCUCACCGCAUGGACAAACGCUUGCUGGCCCUUAUUUACCUAGCCCACGCCUCCGACGUCCUGGAGAAUGCUUUCGCCCCCCUUCUGGACGAGCAGUAUGAUUUAGCCACCAAGAGAGUACGGCAGCUCCUCGACUUAGAUCCGGAAGUGGGGUGUCUGAAGGCCAACACCAAUGAGGUCCUGUGGGUGGUGGUGGCAGUGUUCACCAAGUAA